UGCGCUUUGUUUACAAUGGUUGAUUUUACUGUGUUGCGGUUAAUGAGGUGCAGCUGCGCUUGUUGAGGAAAGGUAGACGUCGAGAAAAGAACGGGGACCGUAGAAGAGUCAGCGGACAGCAUAAAUGGCCUCGGUGCCUGCCGAGUGAAGGAUGGGCUCGUCGGUUUCGCAGCCAUGGCCAGAUCCACCACCAGAACCGCCGAGGACGGGGACUCACGGGUAACCGCCCCCACGGACCGCGGAGAGACGCGGGACCUGGCCGAGCCCCGGGAACUGUCUCUGGAAGAGGUGCUGAAGUCCUACGAGCAGCCCAUCAACGAGGAGCAGGCAUGGGCGGUGUGCUACCAGUGCUGCAGCGGGCUGAGAGUGCCCCGCCCGCCGACAGCCAGAGUCAGCCGGGUGAAGGACCCGUCCUCCAUUCUCCUGCACAGGGACGGAACCGUGUCGUUACAGCACGAGCCAAGACACAACGAUGACGGUGACGAGCCUCGUCUUCCACGCGCUGCAGAGCGUCAGCUGGUCCAGUCGCUGGGUGUGGCCAUCUACCGAGCUCUGGACUGGGGGCUGGACGACAGCGAGGAGCGGGAGCUCAGCCCGCAGCUGGAGCGCCUCAUCGAGCGCAUGGCAGGGGGGGACCAGGGCGGAGAAGCUGCCAGGAACGGUACAACAGAUGAAGGGUACAGUGGCCAGGAAGAGGAGGAAGAGGAGUUGGAGGAGGAGCAGCUGCAGGAGGGGGUGAUAAAGCCGGUGUGUACAUUCCGUCAGGUGAUGGCGCUGUGUGCGACUCGGCUGGCCAACCCUACCUUAGCUCCAGAGCACUACCAAGCUGUCUGCAGGGCUCUUUUUGUGGAGACUCUGGAGCUGCAGACCUUCCUCAUCAAGAUCAGAGAUGCUAAAGAGAUGCUGAAGAGGAUCACAACAGAGGAGGCUGUGGAAGACAAGUCUACAUCCGAGCUGGAUGCACUGAAACACAGAGACUGGGCACGUCUGUGGGUGCAGCUGAUGAAGGAGCUCAGGCAGGGAGUGAAGCUGAAGAAGGUGCAGGAGCAGCCGUUCAACCCGCUGCCCACCGAGUUCAGCCUCACACCUUUUGAGAUGCUGAUGCAGGACAUACGAGCUCGCAAGUUCCAGCUGCGUAAAGUCAUGGUGGGGGGUGACAUCCCUACCAGAGUGAAGAGGAAUGCCCAUGAAUUGAUACUGGAUUUCAUCAGAUCGAGACCUCCACUUAAACCAGUUUCAGAGCGCAGCCUCCCCCCUCCGCCCCCGCAGCAGCAGUCCCUCCAUGACCAGGUCCUGGCUGAGAUCAAGCAGGAGAGAAAGCUCAGGCCUGUGGUCCCGCCUGCCUCCAGACCAUUUGGCUCCCUGCCCUGCCUGGCUCAGACUUGUCCUUGUAAUGUCAAAUCUACUUCGUGUAUUGACCUGUCCAUGGCGGAGCCCGGGCCCAGACCGUCGUCCCGCCCUCGCAUCCUGCUCAAGGCUCCGACCCUGGCUGAGAUGGAAGAGAUGAACAUAUUUGAGGAGGAGGAGUCCCCGGAAAAUGGGGAGCUGAGGAGAGCAGAGAGCUCCCCAACACCUCUCAAAAGAGAUCGCUCCUUCUCAGAGCACGAUCUGGCCAUGCUCCGUGGUGAGAUGCUUCCUUCGCUCUCCGAGUCAGCCCAGCUGGACGGGGUGGUCAGGCUGAGGGGAGAGAGGCCUCGGUCCAGGACACUGACUGGCACCAGGCCGCCUCCCAUUUACAGAGCUUCCUUCCCAGCUCAAGGCAGGGUGCCGCCCUCUCCGGCCAGCCUGUCUCUCAGUUCAGUUGACGAGACCACAGAGGGGUCAGAGACAAUGUCUGGCUGCACAGCUGGAGAUGAGCACCAGUGGAUGGAGGAGUUCAGCCACCCUGUGGAGAGUCUCGCCUUAACGGUGGAUGAGGUCAUCAAUGUGCGACGAGUGCUGGUCAAAGCAGAGAUGGAGAAGUUUCUUCAGAGCAAAGAGCUCUACAACAACCUGAGGAAAGGCAAGGUUUGCUGCUGCUGCAGAGUGAAAUUCCCUCUCUUCUCAUGGCCGUCUACCUGCUUAUUGUGUAAAAGAUCUGUCUGUAACUCCUGCAGCGCAAAGAUGAAGAUCCCCUCAAAGAAGAUGGCCCAUAUUCCUGUGUACACUGUGGGCUUCCACAGUACUCCAAAGAGCCAUGGACAAAAAAGCCAAGUCUAUAAGUCCCUGCGCAGCUUGUCCCGCCGCUCAGUGGAGGAGGACUUCCCCCACCUGUAUGCUCACGGCUGCACGCUGCGCGACGUCUGCGCUGAAUGCACCAAAUUCAUUGCUGAUGUCAUUUCCUCUAGCCGCCGAAGCCUGGACAUCCUCAACAACACUCCCAAGAGAGAGGCCAAAGCUGCUUCUGCUGCUGCUGCUGCUGCUGCUCAGAGACCACAGCUGCAACGUCAAUCCCACCUUGAGACUUGUCCUCAACCAGACCCUCGGCGUCACCUUCCACCAUACCUGCUGUCACAGUGUCACGCCCAGCUCCCUCAGUCCCUACAACAGCACAGGCUUCACGCGUCAUCAUCGUCUCCUUCGCCGCUGCUCCAAACCAAGACCAUCAACAGUGUGAACCAAUGAGCAGACUGACUGACACUUUAUCCCCUUCUGCCUACACACAGACUCCUUAAUGAGUUGUUCUCCUGCACUACACUGCGCGCACACACACAUGCACAGAAAAGUAGGGUUCUUGAAGGGUUCUAGUGGUUACAUGCAUCAGUAAUGACUCAGAGAUAAAUAUAAAUAAAAAACAGGAGUACAUAAUCCAGUGAGGAUUGUUAUUUCACUAUUGCUUGGUUGGACUAUUAAAGGUGUUAUUAACGGUUAUGCUCUGAUAUAUCAGCCUACGAAAACAUUUUAUUAAGCUGUGUAGAACCCAUUUUUUUAGUAGGACUAUCGUGACUCUAAACCACCACCACCUCACUCAUCAUCCACUUCCCAGCUACAUCAUCUUCCAUAUCUCACCAUCUCACCGAGCAGAUGUGCUCACACACACACACACAGAGCCCCUAUUGGUCACUUCAUCAGGUUUGAGUUUGACACACUUCUGUCUGUAUCUGCCAUUGCUACAAUACCAUGACUUCAGUCCUCGGUGCUCACAGCUGCUGGGAGGCAUACGGGUGAAGAGGGCAGAGGAGGAAAGUAGUGGUGGUUGGGAGUAGUAUACACUGUGAGUAAGAGAGAGAGAAGGUGGAGGUGGAGGUGGGGUUUGGUGGUGGUUGUUUGAGGAGGAUAAAAGCUAUGCAGCAUAGAGUCAGCGUGUAACCCUAGCAAUUUAGCUCUCUGUGGUUGCCUUGUUUUUGUCAUGAAUGUAACUUAGAGACCCAGAAACAGAAUUGUAAAAUUAUAAGCUCGUACUCUGCGUUGUAACAUUUAUUCUUAGUCAUCCAAAAAAGGGAUUUGUAACAAGUGGCUGCUGCGUAAUGAGGCCUCUUUUACAUUUACAGCUCGUAAAGUCCCAGGUACAGCUGGACGAGUUAUGAUGGCGGCGACACUGUGAAUGUAACGGGCUGAAGCUACAGACUGCACCUUUAACUGACGCAACAUGACCAUGCUGAUGUGAAGCGAGCAGAUGAAACUCCCGCCUUUCUCACUCCCCAUGGACGCUUGCAAUCUGCUCUGGUUUUGUAAACACCAAGUAAACCUCAACUGCAAUAAAAUCUAAUGACAAACA